AUGGAACGCAAAGUAUCAAUAAAAGGCCAUGAUAAAACAUAUGCCCUCAAACAGCUUAAGAAAAAGCACAUUGUGGAGACAAGACAACAAGAACAUAUUAUGUCCGAGAAAAAGAUAAUGUUAGAAUCCAGAUGUGAUUUCAUUGUAAGAUUGUAUCGUACUUUCAAGGAUAAGAAAUACCUAUAUAUGUUACUGGAGGUUUGUCUUGGUGGAGAGUUAUGGACUAUUCUCAGAGACAAAACCGCUUUUGAUGAUGCUACAACUCGUUUCUACACUGCUUGCGUUGUGGAAGCACUAAACUACCUCCAUUCUAAGGCUAUCGUCUACCGUGACCUUAAGCCAGAGAACAUUCUACUUGAUAAUAGGGGAUAUGGAAAAUUGGUUGACUUUGGGUUUGCUAAAAAAAUUGGAACCGGGCGCAAAACAUGGACAUUUUGCGGCACUCCAGAGUAUGUUGCCCCAGAGAUCAUAUUGAACAAAGGUCAUGACCUAUCGGCUGAUUACUGGUCAUUAGGAAUUCUUAUGUUUGAGUUACUGACUGGAAGUCCGCCGUUUACUGGAUCGGAUCCAAUGAAGACAUACAAUAUUAUUCUGAAAGGAAUGGACAUGAUCGAAUUCCCACGAAAGAUUACGCGAAACGCUGCAUACCUCAUUAAGAAGCUAUGUAAGGAUAACCCGUCUGAACGUCUCGGAUAUCAGAAAAACGGCCUGAAGGAUAUUAUGAAACACAAAUGGUUUGAUGGAUUCAAUUGGACAGGACUUAGGAACAAAACACUCACCCCUCCAAUUAUUCCAAUGAUUUCAUCACCACAUGAUGCUUCCAACUUUGAUGACUAUCCCUUAGAUACGGACCCUAUUCCACCAGAUGAUAUGUCAGGAUGGGACCGAGAUUUCUAAACACAGCUCUCAACAUCUUUAAGAAGCCUCAAAGAUAAACCUGUGCUAAUUUACCAGAAGUUAAUAACAUAUUUCAACGAUGUGUUUGUUUAGUUAAAGUUAAAUUAUUAUUAUUUUCACCAAUGCAAUACAAUCUAUAAUGAUACUUCUUCGGUUCCUGCACAUUCGUUGCUUGUUCUAAAAAAUUUUUUUUUUGUUUUAUUACUAUAUUUUUAAGGCUUUUAUUAGGGGUUAUAUUUUUUUUUAUCUUCUAUAAUUGUUUAUUUUCUUAGUGAUUAGUUUUAGGGAUAAGUAUAGCAAGAUUAAUUUGAAUUUUGAGGUUAUAGAUUAACACAGUAUUAAAUGUUGGAUAUUUUACCAAUAAUAUAACAAGUGACCAAAUAUUUUCCAAAUCUUUCAUGACAUUUUCGAAUUUAUUGUUUUAUUUCUGAUAUAUCACAGAAAAUUAAGCCCUGUCCAGUCUAUUAUUCAAUCUAACAUGUGACAUGCCUAAAUAUGGUCAUGAUGACAUCACAUCAUGACCAUAUAUAGGUGCAUGAUUUCUAAAUAUGGGCAUACAACAGUCUGGACAGAGCUUAAUAUUAUAAUAAAUCAACGUUGUGAAUCACAACAGACACAGCUUACUUAAUGUUUAAUAUAAAAUUAUAGGCCUAUUAAAGUUAUCAACCGGGACAAUGUAGGUUGAAAUGUUUUACACAAUUUCAUUAGGAAAACAUUUCAUGAUGAUUUUAAAUUGCUUAAUACAUUUUGUUUCAAAUGUUUCAAAUCAAGAUUUUUUUUUUUACAGUAUAGAAUCGUACUUAUAUGCGACUAUUAUUAUUUGUUAUUAUUACGUGAUAGAUAAGAUAAAAAGGGAAAGAAAAUCCACUCUUCUGAUUUCUUUAUGCACAAAUCAGCUGCUCAAAUCCUUUAAUGAGUGAUUAUAGAUGGUGCACUUCGUAUGUAUGUUGCCCACUAAAGCUUUGUGCACACUAUCAAUGUUGAUGUGACGAAUAACUGAUAUGCCCAUAUAUGGACAAAUCACACAAAAUUGUCACUUAAAAUUUGAUAGUGUGACAGAGCUUUUAGUUGCAAGAUUUUGUUCCUUUUUUUUCAGAGCAUUCCAUCAGAACCAUCAAAGUGGAAUUUCUCUCCCUCAUAGAUAACUUAGAUUUCUAUUAGUACUUGCAUCCAAUUAUGUUUUUUAAAGAUAAUUUUAUUGUUAUAAUUAUUGUAAUUAUGAAUUAUACUUCUAGACAGUGCUAGUCUCCAUAUAAUAGUAUUUAAUGUUUUUAAUUGAUAGUGUAAAUAGAAUUGAAACACACACCUACAGAAUGGUAGGCUUGUAACCAUCUUGAUAAUUUAAUCACAUUCUGUAUAUAGUAAAUUAUUUCUCCUACUUAUUUUAAACAUCUGGAUAUAGAUCAAAGUUUUGUUGGUAAUUAUGUCAAUUCAUCAUUGAUUUGUGAUUUUUAUUUAAUAAGAAAAUGUCAGAAGUGCUUGAUUGAAAAAUAGCACAUAUGUCUUUCAAGAUGACUUCUGAUUUUUAGUAAAAUCUCACAAAUAAAUCAUCACAUUCAUUACAAC